AUGGGCGACGCCACGCAAGAGCUCUUCCUGGUGGAGUUCCUAAUCGACCGCGUGAACAUCCCGUCGGUGCAGGCGAUCCACGACGACAUACUACCCGUGACCACUUGCAUCGAGUUCAGAAUCUUAAACCUGGCGCCGAUCUACGUGAGCCAAGACACGGCCAACGAAAAGUGCACCUGCAUGGGCGAGGAGCCCCAGGUGUUCCGCAAGGGCAAGUCCUGCCUGUUCGCGCUGCCCCGCCGACUCCUCGACAGCCCCAUCUGCUCGUUCCCCAUCACCAUGUCCGUGUACAAAAAGCUACCCCCGACCGUCCUCCCGGACGUCAUGAGCAUCGGCUGCUGCCAGAUCGAGGCGCGCGACAUGCUCAACUGCCUGCUCCAGGAGUGCCCCAAGGCUGACCCCAGUGACGACGGCAAGCCCUACCGGACCAUCAAGAACAAGUACCGCAUAAGCACGCCGACCGGCCAGUGCGUCGGCGACGUCGGGCUCUUUCUACGGCUAUCGCGCCUCGGCCGCAAAGUCGUCACCCAAUUCCAGAACCCGCACAACCGGAAGCCGUACUUGUUCAAGGGCUCGGCCAACAGCCCGGUGUUCCAGUGCCGGCGCAUACCCUCGAAGUUGACCGAUAUGCCCCGGCUGCAGGGCUGCUCGUGCGAGAAGCCCCUGCAGAGCAAGUCCGAGGAGAAGCCGGCCAAGACCUGCUGCGACCCGGGCCCGGCCAAGACAUCAGGGUGCGGGCCGCAGCGCCGGCUAAGCUCCUCCAGGAAGAGAAAGUCUCGGGCAGGGCCGAGGCCGUGCUGUCCGGGCGGCGAGAGCUCGGGGAACACAAAAUUGAAGGAGUGCCCGGACACCCCGAAGACCAGGCAGUGCGGCUGCGAAGCCAAGGGGGCACAGCCGUUUUCGUGCUCCCACAAAUAG